AAUAUGCUUAUUUAAGAUGGGGCAAACAAGGCAUCUGGACGGACUGAACAUGGCAGGACCCCAAGUGUUCUCGUUCUGCUACCAACAAGAGAGCUGGCCAAUCAGGUGCACGCUGACUUUGAGUUUUAUGGUGCAACAUUUGGGCUCUCUGCAUGUUGUGUGUAUGGGGGAUCACCUUAUCGUCCUCAAGAAAUGGCAUUGAGAAGAGGUGUGGAUAUUGUUGUUGGAACUCCUGGUCGUGUCAAGGAUUUCAUUGUUAAAGCAACUCUCAAUUUGAAAUGCUUGAAAUUUCGUGUCCUUGAUGAAGCUGAUGAGAUGCUAAACAUGGGUUUUGUUGAUGAUGUCGAGCUCAUUCUUGGCAAGGUAGAAGAUGCUACCAAAGUACAGACGCUUCUGUUCAGUGCCACUCUGCCAGAUUGGGUGAAUAAGCUCUCUCUGAGGUUUCUGAAAGUUGACACGGAGUCUGGGGUUAAAUUUGAGCAUGUCUCUGCGCCACAACCCACUGAUGUAGCACAAUCUGCUGGCAGUGAAGCUGCAGAUGCCAUUGCGAGUGUGUCAGACAGUGUUAUUCCUAUCUUCAGGCAGCAAGCAGAGCAGUUGCUAAGCUCUUCCAGUCUGUCUGGAGCUGACUUGCUUGCCAAAGCACUUGCGAAGGCAGUUGGUUACACAGACAUAAAGAAAAGAUCAUUGUUAUCUUCCUUGGAGGAUUACAGUACACUACAUCUUCAAACUGGUAGACCGAUGUGGUUACCUGUGUAAGUGACUGGUAAUUUG